AUGAGACAAGGAGGCAAGGAGGCCACUGCUAGGCAGGCAGAACAGAAGGACGCGAUUCGAUUCGCUGGAGCGCCUCCUCGCACUGCUUCACUUGAAGUUGUUCCUCUAUAUGGAGACAUGCAAAUUCAACCGUUUUCGUUUGUGAGAAGAUCGCAGUUUUAUGAUUCCAGCAAAUGGCCGUUGAGUGACAAGGAGGGUGAAAAAUGUCAUGUGAACAUUGUCGAAAGAGUGAAAAUAACGAGAGCGGAUCAUGAGUCUUACGUGACACAGUUGGCAAAACUGAACAACAGCGUGGCCAUAAGUGAUCGGAUUUCGUUGAAUUCCGAUUCUGAAAACCGUGAACUGACCUCGUUGGCACUAAGCGGUGUGCAGCUGCUGUGUCAGUGGACCGCAGACGUUGUUGAAACUAUUAGUUGGAAAUUGCUCCACCCAACAAAUAGCAGGGACAACAAGGACUGCCCAGAAAAUGCAGAGGAGUAUGAACGGGCAACGAGGCGUCACAUCUAUGCGGAACUGCAAGGUUUCGUGCAGCACGCUUUCAACGAACCCAUACAAAAGGCUAUUAAAGGCAAAAAGGAUUUACUGGCA